AGGAGGAGGAAUAAACGACGAGUUGUUCUUUCAUUGAAAACGUUAACUUUUCUGUCUGGCUUGGACGCAUGUAACAGCUGUGGACUAGUUUGGGACAAAGCCGGUGAGGAUACAUCUAAACAGAGGAACAUGUCCCGUCCAGCAGAUGAGUUGGGCUACAAACCACUGGACGGUGGUUGGGGCUGGGUGGUGGUCUUUGGGGCUCACAUUUCCAUUGGAUUUGCAUACUCCACAUCCAAAGUCCUCUCCAUUUUCUUCAAUGACAUCAAGGAGGAUUUAGGGGCCAGCUACAGUGAAAUAGCAUGGAUAUCCUCUAUCAUGCUAGCUGUCAUGUAUGCAGGCGGACCAGUGAGCAGUGUGUUGGUCAAGCGCUUUGGAAGCCGGCCAGUAGUCAUACUGGGUGGACUGAUGUGUGGGCUCUCUAUGUCAAUUGCUUCUUUUGGGAACUCCAUCGUUUACCUCUACCUUUUCAUUGGUGUCAUUGGAGGUUGUGGACUCUCCUUAAACCUUAACGCAUCUCUCACCAUCAUCAGCAAGUAUUUCCUGGCCAAGCGCCCUAUAGCGAACGGAAUAGCCAUGGCCGGGAGUCCAGUGUUUCUGUGUCUGAUGGCCCCGGUCAACCAAUUUUUACAGCAACAUUACGGUUGGAGAGGAAGUCUUCUUAUCCUCGGGGCUUUGAUGCUCAAUUGUUGCGUUGCUGGGGCCCUGAUGAGGCCUGUUAAUGCACCUCCUGAGACACCCCCUUGUACACCAGAGAAGAAAGUGGAGGAACAGCCAAUCAAACGCAAAACCAAGCUAAAAGAAAGUUGUAUGAACAAUGCUAAGAAGUUCUUGGAUUUGACCUUCUUCAGGGAUAGAAGCUUCGUCAUUUACCUCAUUGGGAAUGUGCUGUUCAUCUUCGGUGCCUAUGCGCCCAUUGUGUUUUUGCCAGCAUAUGCUGUUAGCAUAGGUGUGGAGGAGUACUCCGCAGCCUAUCUGCUCUCUAUUAUGGGCUUAGUGGACAUGGUUGUUCGGCCUGGCACCGGCCUAAUAGCCAACACCACGUGGAUCAGGCCCAGAAUCCAGUACUUCUUUGGCUUUGCCAUGGUUUUUAACGGCACAUGGCACUUACUGUGCCCACUCAUCAAGAGCUACGCCUUCCUGGUGGUCUAUGCAGUAUUUUUUGGCAUUGGUUUCGGCAUGGUCUUCGCCAUGAUAUUUGAAUGUCUAAUGGACCUGAUGGGAAAUGAACGCUUCCCCAGUGCUGUUGGACUGGUCACCAUCAUCGAGUGCUUCCCCAUGCUACUGGGACCACCUGCUGCAGGCUUACUGGUGGACAUCUUUCGUGACUACAAGUACCUUUUCUUCAUGUGUGGCGCAGUGAUCACAACUGGUGGACUCUUUAUCUUUUUCAUGAACAUCUUCAACUCCCACUUGAUGGAAAAAGAGAAGGUGGCAAAGGAUGGAGAGCCGAACCAAAAAACCAAAGAGAACCAGGACCAGAACCAGGUGAGUGUCUCAGAGAUGAAACAGAUCCCUGAGGCAGCAAUUGGACGAACUGAGCCAGAAGCUAAAGCGAACGGAGUCUAGAAAGAUCCAUGCCUGAGGAAUGUGAAUUAAAUGAAACUUCAGUAAGGUGCUGUUAAAUCACUACAGGAGAAGCAGCUGCACCUGGGUGACACAAUGAAAGGAGCGCCAGUCACAUCUCAAAUGGUGGAAACAAUGUAGAAAGUAUGAUGGAAAUAGGGCAUUUGUUUGUUUCAUGGAUUCAUUUGAGGAAGGUUACAGCCUCCUUAAGUUUAAAUGACAGAUAAGUCCCAUGCUCUAUGUGUGCCAUGCCAUGACUUAGUCACAAAGUCUGUUUCCAUUUCACUUUGUCGCAUUUUGCUUCGAUACACCAACUUUCUCCCCCAAACCAAAUGUAAAAACCUUCAUCCUUUUGAACAAAAAUCAUAUAUGAUUAACUGUUUAAGUCAAAUUUACCAAGCAACAAGACCAACAGCUUAAAGUCAUGCUAGGGGCUCUAUAUGGCUGUAUUUGGGCCUGGCAGGGCUUUAAGCUAAAUGUCAGCAUGCUAACAUUUACACAGUGAAGAUGCUAUAAACGUGCUAAUGCUCAGUAGGUAUAAUGUUUACCAUGCUUCCCGUCUUUGGUGUAGUGUGUUUUCAUGCUAACAUUAGCUAAUUAGCACUAAAUGCAAAGAACUGCCAAGACUUAUGGCUAUGCCAUUAGUUUUACAAGUAUUUUUUCAGCAAAAACAUUUUUAGAUUUCUGAUAAUGUUGUUCACCAAAGUUAUACAAUUUCUCCUGAUGUCUGUACUAAAUUUCAUGGCAAUCAAUCCAGUAAUUGGAUUGAUUGCCAGUCCAAACAAAAAUGUCAACUGCAUGGUGAUACUACUGAGGAAAAGUCAGACAAUCACCAGACAGUGGGAUUUAUUAUCGGGGCACCCUGACUGUUUUAGCCAAAUUUUGAACCAAUUUUUUUAGUAGAUGUAAAGAUAAGUUAAAUUUUACUGUGAAUGUACAGAAUUCACAAGUCACUGUGUGCUGAAAUUCAUACCGCCUCAAUAUAUGAGAGCAAAUAUUUGCAGUAACUUAACUUCUUUCUCUCAUGUGAUCAUGAACGAACACUGUAACUACUACCUGUUCAUCACACAGUCAUCUGUAUAUGAAGAUUUUAACUGUUCGUAUUGUAAUGUGCGUAACCUCGGGAGAUUUUUUCACCUGCAGUGUUUACAUCAUAAAACUGUCAAUUUGUUUUACACAUCAAAUACUGUAUAAUUAUUCUGGAACCUCUUAGUCCUGUUUUCUUUUUUUGUUUGUUUUUUUUAACUUGCAACAGCUGUAGACCAAAAUGCCUCUGGAUGCAAUUGGAUAGACCUCAACCAUUCAGCAACAGAAUGUGAUGUAGGGCUGUGAUGCACAAACGUAAACACACGAUGGUGGUGUAGCAUCAAUACGGCUGCAAAUGUGCCAAUAAAAACAAAACAGUGCUCCUCUUGUCCAAGCAAGGUUUAUGGUUGCUGUCGUGUCCCUGGCAUAAGUGUGUGCGAGCCAAAAAUGAGAUAAUCACAUAUUUUGCUGUAAGCCCAAAGGCCCUGUAAGAUGUCAGUCAUGUAUAAACGGCUGUGAUUGGCCUGAAGUGGGCCAAUCAUUGAUUGGCCCACUUUUUUUCUAGAAUGUGAAAGGCAUGACUCCUCCUGCUCUCCCUGAUUGGCCAGUACUCUUUGCCUUCAUUGGUUGCAUUGCUUAGGUUUAGGCAUGCAAAGUAGAUUGGUAAUAGUUAGGGUUAGAAUAUAAGGGUAAGCCAAUCAGACGCAGUGUAAGGCAGAGUAGGGCGGGUCAUGCUUUUGCCAUCGACCAGAUGCAUCUGCCAGAGCAAAUAAAACAACUGUUUGCAGAUGUGUCUGGGUCAAGUUCAAUCCGGAAAAAGUGUGCAACAACAUGUUCGUCAUAAUGGUGUGAAACUGUGUGUAAUGGGCUUUGAGUUACGUCUUCCCUCGUUUGCUUGGUGUGUAGAGGUGUUACCCAAUGUGUAUAUAAACUCUGUCCAAUUUAAAAGGCAAUGAUGCUUGCGUAACACAGUAUACACAACAGGGUGUUCAGCGCAUCAAUGUUUCUGUUUAGAUAAGCUACAUUUUGUCAGGGCUGAAUGCCCCCUGGUUCCCAGACUAGUAGCUGCCAGCAAAGGACAUGGAAGUAUUAAAAGUGUAACUGGAUGCUUUUACUGAAACAAAACCUUUUACUGAAGUGUGAUAUUGACUUUUAUCAUUCUCUAAAGCAAAUACUGUCUUUUUAAAUUGUCAGUAUUUAUUUAAUUUGAGCUUUUAUGCUGAAACACAUUAUAAACCGUGAUGUGUGUUCCACAGUAAUGUAAUAAUUUUAUGUUGACAUUUAGCAGUGACAUUUGUAAUUUGGGCGAGAAUGGAUUUGCAUGCACUGUUAAUUGAUUUGAUGCUGUGUGUAUUUGUGCAUGUGAGUGGAUGUGUUUAUUGGACUGAGUGGCAAAAAUGAAAAAUAAUCCCACAUGUACAUAUUGUAGGGUUAUAUUUUAAGGUGAUGGCAGCUUUUUGGAUUCUGUAUUCCAGAGAAUUCAAUGAAAGAUGUCGUUUACUAGUUUGAUUAUUAAAGCUGCAUUUCAACUUCUGACAUCUUGUUUGCACUUGUGUUGUACAAUGUACCAUCGAUA